GUCGUGGUAUCGUGUGUCCGUCCAGUGUCAGAAUAAGUCCAGUGUGGGUUAAGUUUUAAGGUUAACUUUACAAAAAUAAAUUAAACUUUAUAUUAUUUUGUAUAUAAUGGAUUAUAUAGAAGAUAGUGAAUAUGUUGCCUCCGAACAUGAUCGUCUUGUUAGUGCCGUAUCCAAAUUGGACAAGACUCAACAUAUAACAGAACCAACGCGAAACGAAUCGACCAACCAUAACUCCGAGUUUAAUUUAAUCAAGAGGAGCAAUAAACUCGACUUAUCUAAAGCGGUGAACGUCCUAAAGGACACUAAUCAUGGGCAGAUAAGCAAAAACCUCAGAAAGGCACAAGACGUUUCUGCAGUUCUACCUAAACCAUUGGAGAAACCACAAGCUGAACGUAUCAAAAGAGCGACGGGCUACGAUGCAACUAAGAAAAAAGUCGGUAGAUGGGACCCUGUCGUAGCACAUAGUAGGACAGUCGACUAUGUUACAUUCCCUCUGAAAAAUGUUUCAACCAAACCUGAACCAGCCAACCAGUUUAUUUCCAAAUUUACCUUGAAAUCGGCUUUGGAAAAGGAGCUGGAUGAGAUAGACCCUCCACUUGAGGAGGUAGUUAAAGAUGAAGAAGACCAGGUGUAUCCUAUGUCAUAUCUGGAAAUGGUAGAACAAAGGCAACACCUAGCUAAAAUCCGAGCACAGCAGUCAUACCAAGCAGCCAAAGCCAAGAGACAGAGUAAAAUUAAGAGCAAGAAGUAUCACAGAAUAUUGAAAAAAGAGAAGCUCAAACAACAGUUAAAAGAAUUUGAAGAGUUGCAGAAAGAGAAUCCAGAAGAGGCUCUUAAAAAGUUAGAGGCCCUGGAAAAGGCUCGAGCUUUAGAGAGACACACACUUCGGCACAAAAACACUGGCAAAUGGGCCAAAAAUCAGAUGAUCAGAGCGAAGUAUGACAAAGAUGUGAGACAACAAAUUGCUGAUCAAUUGGCUGUCAGCAGAAGCUUGACCAAAAAAAUACAUGAUACAGAAAGUACAGAUGAUGAAGUCGAGGAUAAUGAAAAUGUUCCUGAUUUAACUCUUACACAAGAUCCCAUGAACCCCUGGAUGAUGAAGAGGUCAGACAAAUCUAAUGUUGAUGCAAGCUUCGAUUUUGGUUACAAAAAAUACCUCAAAGACAGAAUGUUUAAAAGGAAAGACGAUAGUGAUACAGACUCUAAUGAUGAACAAGAUGACGACAAUAAAACAUUGGGGGAUAAAUUAAAAGAUUUAAAAGAAAGCUUUCAGAAAAUAGGUCAGCAAAAUCAAAAUUUGGUUGAUAUUCACAAUAUAAAACAAAGCUCUAAAAAAAUAAGUGAACAAGGGAAACAAAAUAUGGAUGAAAUUAAUAGUGACAUUAAGGCAACUAAGAAGAUUACAACAAAACUAGGUAAGAAAUCAGUUCUAAAAAAACCAACAGCCACUACAAAUUGGAUUGUAGAAACUACUGAUAACACGAAAGAUGAAAAUAUUGACGAGGAAGUAUCUGAUGCUUUUGAUUCACUUGAAAGUAAAGCAUCUAGAGAAGUAAAUAAGAAAUUAAAGAAGCUAAGACAGUGUAUUGCCCGUAUGGAAAAAACUGCUGCAAAAGGUAAGUCUUUGAAAAGGAUACAAAAUAAAAGUACUGAUGAAGAUAAUGUUGAGUAUCUGAAACUUAAAAAUCAAAGACCCAGAAUAGUUAUUGAUGAAGAAUUGAUAGAAGCUACUAAAAAUGGUGAAAAUGAAAAGGUUGAAGAAAACACUGUGCCACAAACACAUGUUGAAACCCCAGUGCCAGAGACAACAGAUACUAACAUUGAUCCUAACAGAUUUAUAGAAGUAAAGCCUAAAUAUUUAAAUACUGCAGUAACUGAUGGGGAAAGUAAUUUAGAUCAAUUAGAUGAUGAUGAGCAAGUUGUUCCUAAAGUUAACAUAGAAGAAGUGUUUGAAGAGGAUGAUGUUGUAGCUAGUUUCAGACAGGAAAAAGAGGAUGAAGUUAAGAAAGACCAGCUUGAAGACAUUGAUUUAUCUUUACCUGGUUGGGGAAGUUGGGGUGGGAAGGGGAUAAAAGCAAAAAAGAGGAAAAGAAACCGAUUCAUUCUUAGAGCACCUCCAAAAAUGCCUAGACGAGAUGAUAAUAAGGGUGAUAUAAUAAUAAAAGAAUUUAAGAAUCCACAACUUAUUUCUCACAAAGUAACACAAGUACCUUUCCCAUUUAAAAGUGUUAAAGACUAUGAGGCAUCUAUAAGGGUCCCAAUAGGAAAUACAUUCAUACCUGAAAAAGCUCAUAAGGAAUUGAUUCGACCCAGUGUUAUCACUAAGGCUGGAACAAUUAUUGAGCCUAUGGAUGAAGAUGAGCUAUUACAACCCAAGAAUAAGCGAUUCAAGAAUAUGGAUGUUUUAAAAUUAUUAGGUAAACAAUAAAUAAUAUCUGAUUUUGAA